AUUAGUCGACUUUUAGAUCCCUACCAUAUACACACAUCAAUCUCUUGCGCGAGCAAACUAAAAAUAAAUGUUAUAGGAACUUCCAGCUUAUAAAAUUUAAAUAUUUUUUUUUACAUAAUCGAGUUGUUCAUAUAAAGCCACGAGAAUGUAUUUAUUACGAUUAUUAGCAAAUAUGUAUGAUAUGGAUUUUGAAGAACGUUUAUAAAACACAAAGUGUUUGGAAGAGUGGUAACGCAAAAGAAAGAAAAAGUGACCCUAACAAAGUACAGUAGUACAGUGUUUUCUCGAUUCACAUCACGACGAAGGCACGAAAAUAAACUGAUAGCUCAUUUGUUUAUAUUAAACAAAGGCACUAAAUUAUUUACCACGAACAACAAAGUAUCUUUCAAUUGUGAAAAUUUGUGAAACUUUAUCGCGUGACGAUAGUGAAUCCCAUUGUAAAUCUGAAAGGUGACGCCAUUUUGAAAAGCCACCACCAACACAAUCGCCGCCGCUAGCCUUUAGCAGACGAAGAAACGAGAUUUUCCAAAGCAGAAGAAUUUGUGUUAGAUCUAUUCCGGUAUAAUCGGGUUUGUUGUAUUAGUGUAAUGUUUACUCAGCAACAAAAACUCAGACUACAACAACAGGCAGCCAACAAAAUUUACAGCAUAAACAGAGCCGGAGUGAAGAAGAGAAUCCUUGUCCAUCCCUCUACCAUGUUCAGAAAUUUCAAUUGCCAAUUGACGAAACCAGUAGCCACCACAAUAACGAAAAGAACAACAACGGCAAUGAACUCGACCUGUGCCCUCAGACAAAGAGUCGUCAUCUGUCAGCAACCGUGUCUCAUAUGCCUCCUUCAAGCUUAAGAAGUGUGACAGCGACCUUAAACUUCAAGUCCAAUUGAAAUUUAAACGUAAUAUCCAAGAAAUAUUAUCAACCUUAAAAAAAGGUCGUCUUGUCCCCUCUUAACUUAUAUUUGUUAAGUUAUAUGCAUCGUUAAAACAAACGUGAUUUCAAACAACUACACUAGUGUUAUUAUAUAUUUAAAACACAAAUUAGUUACCAUAGCCAGCCAAACGAAAGGAAAAUAACAAGGAAAUAUCCAUAAUACAAUAAAUCAAUAGACAUACCAAACAUACACACACAACCUUUAAACUCUUCUUGGCGGCUUAAGGAUAUUUACCUGGAACGUAAAUUUCCUAAAAAUUUGGAUAUUACAGAAAUCUCUAAAGCAUCACAGUAUAAAAAAUCUAUAAAUAUUCGCCAUGAAACUAUUGGAGAGUUCGCGCUUUGAAGCGAUCAAUAAUGCUUUGUCCAUAGGUUCGGGCAGUAGCACCAUAUUUGGACGCAUUGAAUCUUACUCAUGCAAAAUGGUUGCUGCCGACAAGACGUUGUAUAAACGCUUCACCGCUGAAACCCAUGGCUAUGGACCACACGAUCUACAGGCCCUUUCGCCACCACAGACCUUGGCUGAUCUCUCGCCAAAUUUUCAUCGAAAUAAUAGCCAGUCAGGUGAUGAGGGCGUCAUUUUAUGUGAUACCAUUUCACGUAAGACCCUCUUUCAUUUGAUUGCUACGCUAAAUGCUUCGUUCGAGCCGGACUAUGACUUUUCGGAGGCAAAGAGCCACGAAUUCAGUAAGGAACCCUCAUUGCAAUGGGUUAUGAAUUCAGUACACUCGAACUUAUCGGCUUUGGCUGGUGAUCAAUAUCAGGGCUUACGUCAGCCAUUAUGGUCAGCUAUUGAUGAUGAAAUCAAUUUACAGGAAUGUGACAUUUACAGCUACAAUCCAGAUUUGAGUUCGGAUCCCUUUGGUGAACCAGGCUGUCUCUGGUCAUUUAACUAUUUCUUCUACAAUAAGAAAUUGAAGCGUAUCGUAUUCUUUACAUGCCGUGCCGUAAAUUCAUUGUACGCUGGAGACACCUCGGAUUUUUCCAUGGAAGAAGAAGUUUAUUAAAUCAAUAAAAUCAAGGAACUUCACAACAAUAAUCUAUGCAUGUCGUCAAUGUAUGGCUGAACUUCAUUGUUUUUGCUCGUGCGUGCGUGCCACCGCUUGGUCAUGACCAUGCAUCAUCACAUAUUGUCUAGAAUUAUUUGCUCAGAUAACGCAAAUUUCUGCUCCUUAACAAAAUCAAUCAAA